UGUUGAUACAUUGUUGUUGUUUUGUAGUUAAUUUAGUACAGGCAUACAUUUCGGUUGGAUUGCUGGACGCAUUUUCCAGUCGUUCAAGUAACUUCAACUCGUAUAGGACAGCAACUUUACAAGUUUUGCGCAUUCUGGACAGAUAAUCCGCGUCCAAAAGUGUGACUUCUGUGGGAUUCUGGCCAGCUGUAUGCAUGCAGGGCAUGACGACCCAGUUUAAAGCAAGCAAAGCUUUAAAGGUUAAGAAGGAGACGGGGGAGAAUGCCCCGGCCCUCAGCGAUGACGAGCUGGUGGCCAUGUCAGUGCGUGAGCUCAACCAGCACCUGCGUGGCCUCACCAAGGAGGACGUGGUGAGGCUGAAGCAGCGGCGACGUACCCUGAAGAACCGCGGCUACGCGGCCAGCUGCCGAAUCAAGCGGGUCACCCAGAAGGAGGAGCUGGAGAGACAGAAGCGGGAGCUGCAGCACGAGGUGGACAAGCUGGCGCGCGAGAACGCCAGCAUGAGGCUGGAGCUGGACGCCCUGCGCGCCAAGUACGAGGCCUUGCAGUGUUUCGCCCGGACUGUGACCCGAGGGCCCCUCUCCCCAGGCAAGGUGGCCACCACCAGUGUCAUCACCAUCGUCAAGUCGGCCAACAACCACAACUCCAGCCCAGCAUCCUUCUCGACCCCCUCCUAGUGCCGACAGGACUAGGCUCUCAUCUCCGUCCUGCCUGGUCCUUACCGGUUCUGACCUGAUCCAGACUGAAACCCAUGGCACCCGACCCAUGCUGAGAGGAAGCUCAGUAAUUAGAUAGAGGAAAACGGGGUGGAGUGGCUACCAGCUCUGAGUGAGGAUAACAUUACGCUGUGUUUUAUUUUUCCUCUCUGCCUCCCUCUUUGUGUCUCACUCUCUCUCACUCUUUCUCAAACUCACAAUACAUGAUCAGCGUGGUCUGGGCACCGUGCUACAACCUCCCCAGCACCGGCAGGGCAUUGUGCAUCUGACCCUCUCUCCUUGGCUGACCGAAGAGAUGAGCUCUUAAUGUAGUGUGAGUGAGUACUUGAUAUUAUAACCCGCGAUGGCAGCACUGGUCUGAGACAGCUCUGAUGCCUGUGGUAUAUUGCAUUUACAUCAGAGUUUAAAGUAAUAUAUUAUCAUUGAAAUAAUUACUCUGUGAAUAUGUUAUGAGUAAUUAUAUGAAUACGGCAAAAUGAAAAAAUGCUGAUCUAAGCCUAAAAGCCUUCCUUCUCCUGUAUUUGAAAGCACAUACUUACUGAUAUCUCAAUGGAAAUGUAGCCAUUGAAGCUUUUAACUGAUCUAUGAGUGAACACUCAUAAAGUAUGUUCAAUAUUUUAAGCUUUUAUAUUUAACAAUUUAAGGGCAGCUUGUAAAUCGUUAAAAACAAUGUAUAUUUGAUAACUGACCAAGCAUGUUUAUCUGGAUAAACCAGACUCUUUUGUAUUGUCAAAUGUUAAUCUGGUUUAACCUAUAAAUAGGACUUGCAGGUAUAUUGCAAUAUGGCAUAGCCAAUAAAAUACAUAAUACAAGAAUACAAAAUCCUUCUCAAGGCACUGGGGAACUAAAAGACCAGACCGUGAAACAACACGUCAGGCUACGUCAGACAAAAUUACAUAUCAUUUAAUGGCAGUUUGAUCACAGUCCAGACAAAACGCUGUUGAUGUAAAAAUGAAUGCAGAAAUAAAUCUAAAAUCAUGGGACACCUGAAUUGUCUUCUUGGGACUUUCCACAGCUCGUUCUAGUAUUACUUUAGUUAUGGGAGAUUGUACGAUGCUGAUCAUAGUUUGUAAUCUAUCCCAGAUUUGCUAAACUGUCUGCCAGUUUAUAACUAUUGCCACGGGUUGCAUAUUUAUUUUAUGUUACUGAGACAAGCACUUACCUGUGAUAUUUUCCCUUUGAACUUUCCUCUCCAUGCAAUGCAAUAUUUCAUGGUAGGUAAUCCAUAUUGGAUGUAGUGAUGGGAGCUGUCUUGACAAAUGAAAUGCAAAUCAACUAUGUCCUGUAUAUUACAAGACUUAAGCUAGAACCUUGAUUUUAGUUUCAAUGCAAAAGAAGGAAAAUGCAAGCUCUGUAAAACCUUCUGUCACAUUACAUUGAGAACUCCGUCCAUUUAGAAAUCAUUCCUACUGUUGGAUCAUCUGAAAGUGCUGCUGCCGGUGUUGUAACUCUGAAACGAUAGACCUUGAACAUUAACUCUUUUGACAUAGAUUAAGAGUAAUCCUGACACAACUUUAGAGAAAAACUCUAGUAAAAGUGUCAUGACCAAAUCCAAUGAUGUACAAUGCUUCAAACAUAACCAAUGUAAGAGUUUUUUUUUUUUUUUAAGUAUAUCAGUUUCUUUACAGUUUUGCAUUUAUAUUUCAGCCCUUUUCAAAGUGAGUCUUGAAAUAGAGUUGGCUAAUGUCGAAGAUUUCCUCUUACCCUAAUAGACAUGACUGUUCCUAUACCCCUGUUUCUUGGCUGCAAAUAGCAUUUGGGGGACUGCUGCUGUAUGGCUCUCUGCUAUUUCAGGCAAGGCCAUUUCUGUGCUCUUAUCAUUCUCAUUUUGUAUUUUCAUUUGUUUUUUAUGUUGUUACACCUGUUUAUUCCUGUUUCCAUCCUGAUGUAUCUAGUUGUUUUUAUAUACAUGUGUAUUUUUAUAUGUCUUUAUUAUAGGGUCAUGAAAUACCCUGAGAAUGGUGGGAUCUUGUAACCGCCCUCUGAAGUAAAAUAUUCAUAUUUACUGGCCUAUCUCAGCAGGAUAGUUCACCUAUACACACACACACACACACACACACACACACACACACACAGUGGAGAGA